AUGGGCGGCUCCGUCUUUACGGCGGGCGACAAGCCUCUCAACACCCCUCGAAUGCCUCACGAGGUCUACGAGCGCGUCAAGGCCGAGUGCCACGCUGCCCUUAGAAAGAUUUACCUCUGCGUCGCCAGCCCCAUCGAAGGUCCGGCCAAGAAAGACUACGGUGAUAUCGACAUCCUGGUUGCCUUGGAGAGAUCCAUCGUACUGGGGGACUCCCAUUUAGAUUACCCGCCCUUUGGAAAAGACGGGAAGAAGGACGCCUGCAAGGCCAUUCAAGAAGCUAUAGGGGCACCAUUUCUCAAAAUCGAGAAGCAGACCGACCACUACGCCGUUCGAUGGCCUGAUACCGGCCCUUUGGCAGGGAGGGACGCCACCUCGACCUCAUCUCCCGAGCGAUACUGCCAGAUUGACAUCGCCAUUUGCGACAACUUGGAGCAGGUGCAUUGGAAGCUUUUUAAGCACGCUCAUGGAGACCUUUGGAGCAUUCUCGGCACUAUCAUCCGACCAUACGGCCUCACGGUAGAUGAAGAGUCUCUUUGGGUGCGUAUCGUCGAGAUGGAGAAGUUCGACAAGAAGAGGGCCAGGGUACUUCUCACAGAAGAUCCUUACGAAAUCCUCAGCUUCCUUGGCUUGGCUGCCGACAGCUACAUCUGGGACUCGACGUUCGAAUCGCUUGAAGAUAUCACCCGCUACUCCUACGCGGACUGCCUCACCCUCAACCACAACGUCGAUCAAGUCUCCCGCAAGCUCGAGCUCAAUUCCACCUUCUACGCCCGCCAGUUCUGUUCCCUCUUCAAGAAGUCAAGCCUCGCUACGCCCUUAACGCGGACUCCUACUGCCACUGCCGACGUACAGACACCUGAGCCGAGCAAGAAGAAGCUGAACCACAGCGACAGGAAGCGCAUGACAUCCCGACAAGCCUACAGCGACUUCAUCAACAAGUUCAUCCCCCAGUGCCGAAAGGAGGGUCGGUUUACUCAGGUCCCAGGAACCAUCAUGUCGGUUCGCGCGGAGGCUUUUGAGAGAUUCCCAGGCGUGAAGGAGGUAUUCGAGACACGGCACACCGACUUUCUCAACGAUCAGGAUAUCCUAACCAUCAUGGCAAAGCUCAAAAGCAGUUGGAUCCCCGCUAUCGACACCGCGGACCUCAGACAGUGCCAGUACCGCGGCUGUCAGACCAAAGCUCUGAAGAGAAUCAUAUUCGAGGGCAACGACAGCUACGGUGGUAUCGUUCCAGAGGAGCCACUCAAGGACAGAUCCGGCAGGUGGAAUGUCGAUAGAGUCGAGCAGUUUGUCCAGAAGCACAUGGAUGCCAUCGGAAAGAUUGCCUACGAGCAGAACCAGCAAGCAUUUGCCAAGCGGAAGAGACGGGAGGACCGCGAGGAGCAGCACAAGAAAGACCCCAACGGCUGCAAGACGCCCAAGCUCACCGAGUCAGGGGAAUGCGAGGCAUGUGGAGGAAGUGCUAUGACAGGAGUUGAGGCGUGA